AUGGCGGAGGUGGUGGGCGCCGUCGCCGCUGUCGUCCAGUUCGUGGACGUAGCUCUACGCCUAUCGUCCUGUCUCGAACGCUUCUGUUCAGAUGUGCGCAAUGUGCCGCGUCGUUUUCUCCAGCUGCAGAUCGACCUACGUCAGCAAAUCGAGAUCGCGCAACAGAUCCAGAAUCACCGCUUGCCUGGUUCCGCGAUAGCAGUAGCGUCCUCGACGUUUGACACGCCUCUAGCUGAGUACAUUGAUCUCGCUGAGGAGUUGUGUAAAACACUAGGGACAUUGCUCUCCCGCAAAAAUGAUGGGGUGCUACAACGAGGCUGGGAUGCUAUCUGUUCCGUCCGUAAGAAAGAAGAGGUGGCAAGCAUAUGCGAUCGACUCGAACAGAAGAAGAGUACACUCUCUUUGUGGCUGGAAGCAGCGAAUCU